UUCCACAAAUGGAAAUUGUUCUUAAGUACAAAAAAACAUCUAGUCAGGAAAUUCCAGGCUGGGCUGAACUGCAGGGUGAUGCAGGAGCCGCACAAAGUGAGUGCGGGGUGCCAGGGCCCUCCACAGGGAGAGCUCAGAUUCCUGCAGUGCUGGCAGGAUGUGCACACAUCUGCAUGCACACACAUGUUUGUGCACACAAAUGCAAAUGUGUACACAUGGAUGUGUGUGCAGAAACUCGCACACACAUGGAUGCCUGCCCACGGGCACACCUGCACUGCUGCUGUGCCCGUAUCCACAUCCCCACUGCCACAGGAGACCAGGGAGCCUUAGCACAGCCUGAGCACACAGGGUGGUGCAGGGGGAAAAGCAGGGGGCAGGGGCAGCGCUUGAAGGUCAAGCCCCAGACUUUAACUGGGACCUCAUAAGAGGCCCGAUGGGCACCGUGCAGUGGAGCUGAGCGUGGGCUCAUCUCCAAUCACAUGGGAAUCACCCGCAUUCUGCGAGAUGCCGACAUCCCCUCUCGCCCACCCGUGUUCCUGUCCCAGCCCCAGGGCAGGCGGGGUGGGGAAUGCUGGCUGCAGCCGUCAUCGGAGCCGCAGGAAGCCAGCUUUACUGCAUGUGCAGCCCAGAGGCUGCGUAACUCCACCUCGAGAGCUCGUCCUCGCGUACAGGGAGCAGCCAGCACCGAGAUCAUGGGAGGGACGUCGCAGCACGGCCCCGAGGACUGUCGCUUUCUGGACGCAGAAGCAUCCAAGACCCGAAAGAAGACCUGCACCAGGUACAGGGUUUGCGGGCUGCUCUUCAGCGUGCUGCUCAUUGCUCUCAUCCUCGUGCUCUUUGGUGCCAAACACCUGUGGAACCCAGCACCCAGACAAGUCUACGACAUGGAGCACACCUUCUUCAGCCAUGGUGAGAAGAAGAAAAUUGUGAUGGAGAUCGACCCACUGACCAGGACGGAGACCUUCAGGAGUGGGAAUGGCAGUGAGGAGAUCCUGGAGAUCCACGACUUCAAGAAUGGAAUAACCGGCAUCUUCUUUGUGGGACUUCAAAAGUGCUUCAUCAAAACUCAGACCAAAGUCAUACCUGAGACUACGGAGGCCAAGAUUCCUGAGCUGGAGGGUGAAGAAAUCACCACCACCUACUUUGAGCAGUCCAUGGUCUGGGUGCCUGGCGAAAAACCCAUUCAGAACAAGGAUUUCCUGAAGAGCUCCAAGAUUUUUAACAUUUGUAGAAACGUGACCAUCUACUGGAUCCACCCAACGCCCAUAGCAGCUCCGGAGCUGGCUGGCCUGGAAGGAACAGAAGAAGAUGACACCAGGCUGCUCAUGGAUGACCAGAGCUGGCUGGAUGGGGACAGUGAGCAUGGAACGGAGACUGCCCUGCCAGGACCCAAACGCCGGGCACGGCAGCUGACAGAAGAGGACCUGCCUGUCAAUGACUAUACAGAGAAUGGGCUGGAGUUCCACCCACUGUGGGACGAGCGGGGCUACUGCUGCGCACAGUGCCGCCGCGCCAACCGCUACUGCCGGCGGGUCUGCGAGCCGCUGCUGGGCUACUACCCCUACCCUUACUGCUACCAGGGCGGCAGGGUCAUCUGCCGGAUCAUCAUGCCCUGCAACUGGUGGAUCGCACGCAUGCUGGGCCGGGUGUAGCCCCUGUGUGGACCCACUGAGCCCCCAGGUAGAGGCCUGCAGGCUGCAGGACCUCAAGCUCUGAGGGGUGGGCCAGGCUGGCAUCAUCGUCCCACUGAGCGGUGAGAGGCAAGCAAUAAAUGUCCUAUAUGAGCGAUUGCAAAGAAAA